GUUAAUGGCACAUGUGGCCCCCACUCUCCGUCCUGCGAGUUCAAAAAGGUCGGAAAAAAAAUUCGACCGUUGGAAGAUGCAUCCGCCCGUCCACCCUAACGUUAUACUUGACAAGUCUUAACACUCCUCCUCCGCCCCCUCCACCCCCCAAAAUUCAUCUCUCUCCAUCGGACACACACAAAACUCUUCUCCGACUUUACUUCCUGAACUUCUCCCCGGCUUCCCUUCCCCCCAACGUAUCGCUCAAUUUCCUCAUCCUCCACUUACUAUGGCUGCCGCGGCGACUGAGGAUCCCACCGGCGCGGCCGAAGGAGGCACUGCCGCCGUUUCUUCAGUGAUCGACGAGAUAUACGAGUUCUCCGCUCCCAGGUUCUUCGAUUUCACUAAAGCGGAGUCCAAGGAAGAUAUGAGGAAGGCGGAGCUCUGGUUCGACACUGCUCUCAGUCACGCCCCUUCUCCUUUUAUGCCAAGAAUUAGGACUGGCAGAUCACUCAAAGUUGACAGCCUGUGUGAUUUUACUCAAGCUGACCAAAUCCCCAAGGCAUCAGAAUCCUCAGAGUCAACUGCUGCUGAGAGAAAAGACAAGCAAUCAGCUGAAACAAGGGAAGCAGCAGCAGCAAACAAGGAAAACAAUGGCUGCCAGUUACCUGCUGGCAAUGAUACUUGCAAGGGCGUUGUGGAGAAGGCUAUUCUCUUCUUUGAGCAGAAAGAGAAAGCAACUAUUCAUAAGCAAGAACAUGCAAGAAUUACUUCCAUGAAAGUUGAAUCUGCUGAAGUUAAAGAGCAAACCAGAACCGAGGCCUGCAGCACGCCUCAGCCAUCAUUGCAUUCACAGAAGGGAGGUGCAUUGACGGGCUCCAAGAAGCAUCAAUCAGCCAGGCACAUAGCUAGUUUGGUUAAGAAUCCAUCAGUUCUAAAAUCCAAGAGUCAAGCACAAUCCUCCCAGGUCAAAGGUGUCAAACCACAGUCAAGCCUGAAAAAAGGAGGUAAUAAUAAUACAAACAAUCCUGCUGGAGCUUUCUCCUUCGUACAUGAGAACCAGGCCAUCAAACGGCAGAAGCUUGAAGAUGGAAAAUCCAGACAGAUUCUUAAUGUUAGACCCCCACAACCAUUACCCCACAAGUCCAAGCUGGGUCUUUCAACUAGCAAUGCAAACGGUGUAGCUAACAGAACGCAGAAAGAGGAGAGAAAGGUUUACGUUCGGGAAACAGCUGUGCAAGCUCCUUUUGUCUCGACGGCAGAAAUGAUGAGGAAGUUCCAAACCAGUACUAGGGACUUGUCUUUACCUAUCCCACAGGGGAAACCUAAGCUCACGCUUACAAGGCCCAAGGAGCCGGCUUUUGAAACGGCUCAGAGGGUCCGUCCAGUCAGAGUUAAGAGUAGUGCGGAGCUUGAAGAAGAGAUGUUGGCCAAAAUUCCAAAAUUCAAAGCUAGACCAGUAAACAAGAAGAUUCUGGAAGCUUCAACUCUACCAAUAAUACCAAGAAGUACACCACAGGCACCUGAGUUUCAGGAGUUCCAUCUUGAGACAGCAGUUAGGGCUACUCACAAUGCAGAAUCAGGGUCAGUAGCCUCAACAGAAGUUUCUCGUCAGAACAAUGAGUGGAAGCCUCAUUGCACCGAACCUAAGACUCCAUUGCUUCAGACCUCUUUGAGAGCUCGUCCAGUAAAGGUUAAAAGUACUCUUGAACUUGAGAAAGAGGCUCUCGAGAAGAUUCCUAAGUUCAAGGCAAAGCCUUUGAACAAAAAGAUAUUUGAAAGUAAAGGAGAACUUGGGAUCUUCUGUAAUACCAAGAAGCAGGUCACAGUACCUAAAGAAUUCCACUUUGCCAUAGAUGAGAGAAUUCCACCUCCCACUGUUGUUGCUGACAUGUUUGAUAAGCUUUCCUUGAACUCGGAAUCUCAGGACAAUCAUCUGCUUCCUAGAAACACAGCACCAAACCCGUUCCAUUUGCACACGGAGGAAAGAGGGGCAGAAAAAGAAAGGAGGCUUGCCAUGGAACUGGAGAGGAAGAAAAUGGAGGACGAACUUGCUAGGGUCCCGAAGGCAACUCCGUAUCCUUACACAACGGAUUAUCCAGUGGUUCCGCCAAAACCAAACCCCAAGCCAUCCACAAGACCUGAACCAUUUCAAUUGGAGAGCCUUGUGAGACAUGAAGAAGAAAUGCAGAAGGAAAUGGAGGACAGACUGAGGAAGGAGAGGGAAGAAGCCCAGAUGAGGAUAUUCAAAGCACAGCCAGUUCUCAAAGAGGAUCCCAUUCCAGUACCAGAGAAGGUGCGGAUACCUCUUACAGAGGUUCAACAAAUCCAUCUUCAUGUGGAUCACCGAGCAGUAGACAGGAAAGAAUUUGAUCAGAAGGUGAAGCAAAAGGAAAUGAUGUAUAAGCGAUAUAGAGAGGAAAGUGAAGCUGCAAAGAUGGUUGAGGAAGAGAAGGCAUUGAAGCAGCUGAGGAGAACAAUGGUACCUCAUGCUAGACCAGUCCCAAACUUCGAGCACCCCUUCUGCCCCCAGAAAUCUUGCAAAGUAGCAACGAAGCCAAAGUCGCCGAAAUUGCGAGUGCUUCACAGGAGAGAACAGCAGAAGAGGAGGAGCAGCUUCAUGAGGGCUGCAGCAGCAGCUUCUAGCCCUGCUUCAUGCAUGCGGUGAUUGAUGGGUAGACUUGUAACUUCCUCUGUUCAAGAUCUCUUGAACCGGCCAAGCCAGCCGCCUGUUCAAAAUUCUUUCUUGUGUUGUACACAAUGUGAUGUUGUCUUCUAACAUUGUAGAUCUCUGUUAUGAAAGUAAAAAAGCAAAUCAUUUGAUGAUUUUAAUUUCUGGUUCUGUUCUAAUUUACAGAGGCAGAUUUAGUUGUAUUUUCUGGGAUGACACAUUUGCCGUAACUAGGAAAAAUAUGUCCCUAGUUAUACACCUAGGAGCUGAAUUCUGAUACUCAAAACACCGGAUCGGAAGAUUAGUGGCGUAAACAAGAGUGUCAAUGAUAGCUAUUCUUUUCAGUGACAUACUGUCAAAGCGUUCUGUUGGUGUGGGGGUCCUUUUUUUCAUACAGUAAAAUCAGCUUUAGAAU